GUGCCCAUGCCAUGCACCCCCCCCUCCUGUGUGCGGGUGGAUUGCUCCGAGGGUCUGCCUGUCAGAGAGACAGAAGGAGUAAAGAUGGCGGCAGCGGAGCAGAGCUUCAAUGGGCCGGUGAAGAAGUCGAUGCGGGAGAAAGCAGUGGAGCGCAGAAAUGUGAAUAAGGAGCAUAACAGUAACUUUAAAGCUGGAUAUAUUCCCAUAGAUGAGGAUCGUUUGCACAAAACUGGCCUGAGAGGCAGGAAGGGCAACUUAGCCAUUUGUGUGAUUGUCCUCCUGUUUAUCUUGGCUGUCAUCAACUUAAUUAUCACACUGGUUAUAUGGAUUGUAAUUCGCAUUGGUCCUAGUGGAUGUGAAAGCAUGGAGUUUCAUGACAGCGGUUUGCUCAGGUUUAAACAAACAUCUGACAUGGGCAUAAUACAUCCUUUAUACAAGAGCACUGUGGGAGGACGACGUAAUGAAGAUCUGGUGAUCACAGGCAACAACCAACCUGUGAUUCUUCAGCAAGGUUCUACAGUACUUAGUGUGGAUAAGGAUAAGACAUCCAUCACCAGUGACAUCGGAAUGGAAUUUGUGGACCCCCGAACGCAGAACACCUUGUUCAGCACUGAUUAUGAGAAGCAUGAAUUUCAUUUGCCAAAAGGAGUGAAAACCCUAAAUGUCCAGAAAGCAUCUACAGAAAGGAUUACCAGCAGUGCGAGCAGUGACCUUAAGAUAAACGUGGAUGGGCAUAUCACUGUGCGCGGAAAUGAAGGCGUACAUAUCAUGGGGAAGACCAUAGAUUUUCGAACAGGCGGAAACAUUGUUUUGAAAGCAGAGAACAGUAUAAUUCUGAAUGGCAGCGUGAUGGUCAUGCCUUCCCGACUACCUACUGCUACAGGGGAGCUCAUGUACGAUGAUGGGACGGAGCGGUACAAGCUGUGCAUGUGCGCAGACGGGACUUUGUUUAGGGUACUGGUGGAGAGUCGAAAUAUGGGUUGCCAGACCUCAGUCAACCCUUGUGGAGCAAUAUAUUAAGGAGUAUUUUACUUACAUUAUUAUUUAUGUUUUUCUUUUUGUGUGUCUGUAGUUUGAGAUAAUGCUUUGCAGCCAAUUUUCACAGUAUUAACUUAUUGCUACAUGGGUUCUGACACAUAACCACAUAUGCUACUACCAUCACAGUACCGCCAACAGUAUGUUAGUACCAUCAGAUUACUGCCUAUGUUAGCACUGUUACAUUACCACCUUUGUUAGGUGCUGUCAUAGAGUAGACUAGUGUUACGGUCUCUGCUGACUUCUGUUCUAUUAUUGCUGUACUACCCUAUAGGAUUGGGAGAGUCUUAGUGGUGAGGACUAUAUGAUGUAUAGUUAGGCCGAGAAACUUAUGAUUACACAGGUUCUGUGGCUAUUUAAAAGCAGGUGAAAUACAGGCUUGAAUUUAGUCAAACACUGAACCUGUGUAUCAUAGGUGUCCCGGUUCAGAGGGAUAUUAUGGCAAGCGUAUGUAUAGGGGAGUAUGGUUUAAACCACAGAUGUCAGUAGCACUAGGUGAUUAGUUACUGGGAGCAGCAAUGUGAAGGAGAUAACAUAAAGAAACUUUCCUUUUUCUGACAUAUAUAUCUAGAUGAACAUGUGUUGUCAUUGGCUUUGUUCAAUUUCAGUGUUCAUUAAUCUGCAUAAACUCAGUUAUACAUAUAGAUUUGGAGAGUUAUUUUUACUAUGGAAACAAACAUUUCUGUGGCAUUUUCUAUAGUAAAGUCAUAUUUUGCUGUAUUUAUGGGGCUUACGUGAGCUUCUGCACAGACAGAACCACUAGUAUUGUCAUAUACGAUACAGUCACUUUCCCGAUAUAAAUUGGACGUAGUCCAUGUAUAGACGAGAUUGAAAAGACUGUGUUGCACAGUUAUAGCAAACUACAUAUAUCAGUUUGUUCUCUUUUUUGUGUGUAUUAUUUCGUUUUUUACGUGUGUUGUUGUUGUUGUUAUUAUUAUUAUUGCCAAUUAAUAUGAUUGGUUAUAGCGAAUCUGCACAAGUCCAUUAUCUACUGAAUUGCCAACAUCUCUUCAUCUUUUGCAGUCUAGUGUUAUCCCAGAAACCAACUUCUCCUUAAGCCAUUGAGUUCAUGUGGAGAGAUACCGCACAACACAAAGGGGGAGAUGUAUCAAACCUUAGAGAGUGAUAAAGUGGUGAAGUUGCCACUCAGCUUCUGUCAUUUAUCUAGCAUAGUCUGAUUGGUUGCUACGGGCAAUCGAUCCACUCUAUCUCCCUCUAAGGUUAGAUACAUCUUUUCCCCAAAACGUUUUCAGUUUACAGGUGUGUUAUCUCUCCAUAUACGGAGACACAAACUGCCAAGGAAAAGCCAGGUGGUUUUAAAGACAGGCAGGCUAGCAUUAUGUAUUCUGCUCUAGCUGGCAGCUGUUAUUAUAUCUAUACAAAUUUACAGCAGCAUUAGUCAGCAGUCAUAAAGUCGACAUUCAGAAUGUCUACAGCCAUAAUGUCGACCGACUAUUUACGGUUAAGCUGCGGUUAGGUUUAAGCUUACAUUCAGAGUCAAAGUAAAAUCGCAUUGCCGACGUGUUGAAUCUCAACAUUUGGUCAGUGUCGACAUUUGAUCCACUGUCCACAUUUGACGUGUCAACAUUCCGUCUAUGUCAGCAUUCUGAAUAUCAACAUUCUGUAGGUGGACUUUUGUUACCCCACCCUAUCCAGCUGACGCUAAGCUAGGACAAUUUCCACGUUGCACAAUCUGCCCUUGUACAUUUUCACAUGAUAUGAUUGGAAUGUACUUAUCUACAUGUAACAAAAUGAUUUAUUGUUUCUUCCAGCUUAUUCCUAUUCAUUGGUCCUCAAAUGUGUCCUUUGACCCCAGUGUUGCGUAUUUUCAUAUGUGUCUUUAUAAUCUACCACAAGUGUGCAUCAGCUGAAUGCUUGUGUUAUGGCAGGGGGUUGUUAUAAUGUCCAAGUACUUCGGUACAGAAAAUCCCCCCCGCCCAUCUUUCUGGAGAGAGGUGAACUCAGCAGAUAAGAUUAUUUCUGUGCAUUGAAUGCAGUUGUAUUUACAUGGUAGACCUGCUGCCGCAUACAGUAUGUGUGUAGUUAGGAUAAAACAAUCUGCUGGAAGAUAGAAUUCUCUGAAAGUGGAGAUCUACUUUUAAAAAUGAAAAAAAUGUGUCUUUUAAUUUUUUUUGUUGCCUUAGUGGCUAACAUGAGCACUACAGUCUGCUUCAUCUGUUGGUACAAAGAAUUACCUUAGCACCUGCCCGAAAUUGGUUGUUAGGUAUCAUAAUUGCCCGCUUUUCCAGAAUGUCCAUAAAACCCCAGAGUUUUGUACAGUUUUCACAGACCUGGCUUAUAAAACCCAUUACACCCUUUCUCUCCAGGGCCCUAGUUGAUAGUUAUGUGUAGUUUGAUUGGAAACUGCUGAAGGACUGUUAUAUUUGGUCUGGUUUGGAAUCAAAUUGUCACCUGCCAUUGGAUAACCUCAAAUUCUACAAUAUAUUUGUUGUGAUUAUUGAGGUUUUACCAGUGUAUGAUAUGAUGAUUGAGGUACAGGUUGAGUAUCCCAUAUCCAAAUAUUCCGAAAUACGGACUUUUUUGAGUGAGAGUGACAUAGUGAAACCUUUGUUUUCUGAUGGCUCAAUGUACACAAACUUUGUUUAAUAUACACAGUUAUUAAAAAUAAUGUAUUAAAUGACCUUCAGGCUGUGUGUAUAAGGUGUAUAUGAAACAUAAAUGAAUUGUGUGAAUGUACACACAAUUGGUUUAAAGCACAAAGUUAUAAAAAAUAUUGGCUAAAAUGACCUUCAGGCUGUGUGUAUAAGGUGUAUAUAAAACAUAAAUGCAUUCUGUGCUUAGACUUAGGUCCCAUCACCAUGAUAUCUCAUUAUGGUAUGCAAUUAUUCCAAAAUACGGAAAAAUCCCAUAUCCAAAAUACCUCUGGUCCCAAGCAUUUUGGAUAAGGGAUACUCAACCUGUAUAUUACUAUCUGAUGUGGCCAGAGCAUCACAAAUUCUAUAUGUAGUUUAUUUAGCCCUUUCAUGUCCUGGCCAUGCCCUGCCUUAGUAGCAGCUUUCAGGGUACUAUGGAUUCAUCAAGAUGAAUUUUGACUGUAGAUUCUUCAGUGGAAUUGAUACAUGCGGCCAGCAUUGAGUGUUUCUGUUUCGGUUGAUCAUCAUAUGCUUACAGUAGCCUGCCUAAAUGACUUAAUAAGAAGUGGCCUAUAAAUAUGUGUGUUACCUUACUAAUGCUGCUUUCACAUCGCAAAACCUGCUUUUGAAAUGGUUCUUUAAACGGUUCUUAAAACGGGUCUGAGCAGUUAAACCCCCUUCACAUCGCAUGUUGUAACCAGUAUAUUACCAUUUCAUUACCGUUUUGGUACCUUUCACACUGAACCCAUUUCACCCAUACAAAACAGUGGUUGUCAUUUUAAAUGUUUAUUUCCUGCUUCUGCCUGGUGACAUCACACAUGGAGACAGCCUAUCACCUUCUGGGGCUUGCAAAUACCGUUUCAGACCCUUUCACACUGCACAAUGAAACGGGUCUGAAACGGGUAGGACCCUGCUUUUUUACCGUUUCAAAAUACCGGUAUUUUGAAAACGGUAAAUUGAAGGUGACCCUUUCACAUCGCAGCUCGAACCGUUUAGGAAACCUUAAAAAUCGGCAAUUUACCGGGUUCAAGCUGCGGUGUGAAAGGGGUAUAAGACUAUAGCUAUAAUCUUGUUUUGGUUAGAAAACACUUAUAUGACUUUACUAAACCCUAGUGCAGAGGAAUCCCAUAACCCAAUAAGGUAUUAAACAUGAAUGUGUGUGCCACUUAUACUAAAAUAUUUAUUUUUGCAUAUAUCAGAAGUGUUUUUCUCAGUUGACUUAAAGACAUCAGAAGAAAUAAAACAAAACUUGUACAUGAAA